UCUUGUAAUUUUGCAGUCACGUUCGUUUUGUGGAGUGUGCUAGCUUGCACAGCUUUCUUGUCUUUCAGACUGUGCUGUAGCGUUACUUGGAAUAAGGCUUCUGUGAAGCGUACGUAGAGUAUGUGUCGCGAGUGCGUUCACGAGUUCUGUAAGGAUCGGGGGACCACGUGCCUAGAGACUGGCGUGUACUACAUCAAUUUAAAAGGCUGCGUCGAAUGCAGCACCAGAGGCGAACUUGCGAAAGCCGAGUGCAAGCGAGAAGAGGAUGAAGACGGCGCAGAGGAAAUUUCGUUUGAACACCGGUGCUCCAAGUGUGAUCAUGUCGUAGCGAAACACACCUACUCGUUUAGCGUCGAUGAUGGGUACCAGGAGUACUCCAUGCAGUGCGGUCUCUGUGGCACUGGCAGUGACUCGCGUAGCGUUCUUCCCGAUGACCCUCACCGGGGCUGAGCUGUUUUGCUUCAAACUUUGCGAGAAGAGUUCGUUGUUCGAUGGCAUAGAUCACGCAGCCUGUCCUCCAAACUCCCCAUGUGCUUCAAUGCUACUGGGUGCAUUCUGCACUUGCGCGCCCCUAGGGUCGGCAUUGCCAGGACUGAGGCAAUCCCGUCGUGUCUGACUGCUGCCAUCCUUCUUAGAUUUUAUUUACCGUUUCUUCCUGUUAAGUCUGCUCGGCCAGGACUUGGCACCUUUCAAGUUUCAGGCUAGUUUGUUCUAUUAACAGUUUAACCCGCUUUCACCCAGUGUGGUUCGCUUUGCCAAUGUGAUUUCUUGAGACAGCCGUUCUUUUCUCUCCAUGCUCCUCUAUCAUGUUUUAGAGUCUAUUACGCUUUUACUUUUAGGCCAGUUUUGCUAUUCUCAUUGUCACUGAGUCAUUGAGCACACCUUGACACCACA